AACCUACUCGCGAGAUGUCCAACGUGCCGCUCGUGGUCAAGCUCUCGGUCUUCGCGACCGAGAGCGUGCUCAUGGCCGCUGGCGUGCGCGAUGUCCUCAUCCCGGGCACUCCGCUUCCACUGCCGGGAGAUGACAAGCUGAUGCUGCUCUGGUCGUCCGCCAUGAAGCGAAAGCAGCGCAUUGCUGCGCCGGUGCCGCCGCCGCAGGCGUUCCUCGCGGCGAUGCUGGGCGCCUUCGUCCUCCUCAGCGCGGCGGCCAAGCUUGCCGCGACCUUUUCACACUUUGAAGGGACGUUCCUCCGGCGCAAUCUCUUCCUGGUCUUCGGCUGCGCCGACCUCGCCAUCGCUGCGCUCAUGCACCACCACAGUGCUGUGGUCCUCGAGUUUACUGGCGCAGGCCUCGACAACUUUGUGCUGUUGCUGAUGAUCGAAGGCGUCGCCUUUCUUCUCGAUGCCAUCUUCCGGCCGCGCAAGGCGAAGUCGGCGUGAUCCUCGUACCUCGAGGCUUGUGCGAGGGCUCCCAGUGGUGAGGCAGAUGCCAGAUCACGGCCACCGGUGCCACCCACACGCAUCUCAAACCAGACGAAACCCCCGCGGUGCCAUGUGUUCUUGUUCAUUGUUGUAUUCUUCUUUUACUGUUUUCGACUGUUUGCACAGCACCGCCCGGGCGCUCGGCCUCGGGAUACAGGAUAUAGCAAAAACUGUGUGUUGUUAUUAAUAUGAGCGUCAUCUUGUAGUGAA